AUGGCGUCACCUUGUCCCAAAUCUCCAGAACAAAGUGAAAAGAAUAAACAAUAUGACCGACAACUUCGGUUGUGGGGUGAUCACGGCCAAGCUGCUCUUGAAAAUGGACAUAUUUGCUUGAUAAACGCUACAGCCUUAGGAACUGAAAUCCUUAAGUCUAUAGUUCUGCCAGGUGUUGGUGCUGUUACCAUAGUAGACGAUAAUAUUGUAAGCGACGAAGAUAUUGGGAGCAAUUUUUUCUUGGAAAGCUCAAGUAAAAAUUUAAACAGAGGAUCAGAAUCAUUGCGAUUAAUAUUAGAGUUAAAUCCAGCAGUGCAGGGUUAUGCUGUUCAAGAAGCAACAGAUCAAAUACUGCAAGAAAAUCCAGAUUUUUUUAAGAAUUUUAGUGUGGUAAUUGCUUCUUCUUUAGGUGAGAAAACUAUACAAAGUCUCUCGCAUCAUUUGUGGGAAAUUAAUGUUCCAUUAAUUUUUUGUAGAUCUGUUGGUUUCUUAGGAUCCUUCAGAAUUCAAAUAAAAGAACAUCCAAUCAUUGAAAGCCACCCUGAUAAUGAGCAGUAUGAUCUGCGUUUAGAUGUUCCAUUUCAUACAUUAUUUGAUUAUUUAAAUAGUUUUGACAUAGAUGAAUUGGAUUUGAAGGAUCAUGGUCACAUACCUUGGAUAGUAAUACUUUAUAAAGCAGUACAAAAGUGGCAAAUUUCAAAUUCAAAUAGCUGGCCUAUGAGUAGGAAAGAAAAAAAUGAGAUUAAAGAAAUUAUACAGCAGUUUAAGAGGGUAGAUGAUAAUGGUAUGCCAAUUUAUGAAGAAAAUUUUGAAGAAGCUUUAAGAGCAGUAAAUACAUCAUUAACGCCCACAUUUUUACCAGUGAAAAUACAGGAACUUAUUUAUAACAGCUCUGCAAUUAAUUUAACUAAAGAAAGCUCACCAUUUUGGAUUAUGUGCUCUGCAUUGCGGGCUUUUGUGGAAGCUGAAGGAAAGGGAAAGCUUCCAGUUCGUGGUGUACUGCCAGAUAUGACAGCCUCAACAGAUCACUAUGUAACUCUUCAAAAUAUUUAUAGGAAUCAAGCUGCAUUGGAUGCCGAAUUAGUUUACAGAAAAGUGCAAGAAAUUGUUGCACAGUUACAUUGUGAUAACAUUACUGAAACUGAAGUUAAAUUGUUUUGUAGACAUGCACAUGAUUUACAUCUUAUUAAAGGGUCAUGUAUUACUUCAGAAUAUCAAUUUAGUAAUACAGUUUCUUCAUAUAUUGCAAGAUAUUUAGAAGAACCUGAUGUAAUGAUGGUUCAUUAUAUACUUCUCAGGGCUGCUGAAAUGUUCCGCUCAGAGCACUGCAGAGCCCCUGGUGAAUGGGAGCCAGAAAGUGAUAUAGCUAAGUUAAAGACUUGUGUUUCAAAACUAUUAACUGAUAUUUCUUGUUCCCCAUUUCCAAAAGAUGAUCAUAUUCAUGAAAUGUGUCGAUAUGGUGGAGCUGAGAUUCAUAGUGUUUCAGCAUUUUUAGGAGGCUGUGUAGCUCAUGAAGCUAUUAAAAUUGUAACAAAGCAAUACAAACCUGUAAAUAAUACCUUUAUAUAUGAUGGAGCAUCUACAAACACUGCUACAUUUACCUUUUAA